AUGGAGCGGCGGGAGCAGCGGGCGGUGGCCGUGGAGCGGCGGGAGCAGCCGGCGGUGGCCGUGGAGCGGCGGGAGCAGCGGGCGGUGGCCGUGGAGCGGCGGGAGCAGCCGGCGGUGGCCGUGGAGCGGCGGGAGCAGCGGGCGGUGGCCGUGGAGCGGCUGGGCGGGGUGACGCGGGAGCGCUUCCUGCGGGACAUCUACCCGCGGAGAAAGCCGGUAGUGCUGACAGGACUGGAACUGGGCACUUGCACCACCAAAUGGACAAUAGAUUACUUGAGCCAAGCUGAAGGAUCUAAAGAAGUAAAGAUUCAUGUUUCUGCAGUGCCACAGAUGGAUUUCCUCAGUAAGAACUUUGUGUAUAGAACUCUGCCUUUUGAUGUAUUUGUACGAAGAGCAGCUGAAGUCAAGCACAAGGAGUACUUUCUUACUGAGGAUGAAAAGUACUAUUUGCGAUCAGUGGGUGAAGAUGUUAGGAAGGAUAUUGCAGAUAUCAGGAAGCAGUUUCCUAUUUUAGCAGAAGAUGUUAAUAUUCCAGAGUAUUUUGAGAAGGAACAGUUUUUCUCUAGUGUCUUCCGCAUCAGCUCAGCUGGAUUACAGUUAUGGACACAUUAUGAUGUGAUGGACAACUUCUUAAUCCAAGUAACAGGGAAAAAACGAGUUGUUUUGUACAGUCCUCGAGAUGCACCAUAUUUAUAUUUAUCAGGUACUAAAUCAGAGGUGCUGGAUGUGGAUAACCCAAACUUGGAGAAAUAUCCCCUUUUUGUGAAAGCCAAGCACUAUCAAUGUGUUUUGGAAGCAGGAGAUGUGUUAUUUAUUCCAGCUUUGUGGUUCCAUAAUGUAAUUUCUGAGGAAUUUGGAGUGGCACUGAAUGUUUUUUGGAAGCACCUUCCUGCUGAGUCCUAUGAUAAGACUGACACUUACGGAAAUAAAGAUCCCAUGGCAGCCUCAAGAGCUAUACAGAUCUUGGACAGGGCCUUGAAAACGCUUGAAGAACUACCUGAAGAAUAUAGGGAUUUUUAUGCUCGGAGAAUGGUUUUACGCAUCCAAGAAAAAGCCUAUAGGAAUGAUUAUGGCUAAAGUAACACAUUGUAAUUCAGCAAGGUCCCUUGCAAGUAGAAAAUUGUAUGUUAGUAUGGAAACUGUCCAUAUGCACUUACACUUUCUGUGAGACCAGUAAAAACUGUCAAUAAACAUUCAUCUAUAACAAAGUC